AUGUCUGCCUUUCAAAGGCCUUCUGAUGCUGGCUUAGUCGAUUAUGAUGGCUCUGUCUAUCCAGCAUAUUCUCAGGGACAAUAUGUGAACGAGCUCUUCCCCUCUUCCUCCGAUGACCACGCCAGCCAGAACACAGAGAGCCUCCAUUAUAUGACGGAACACGACUAUGCAGGACGUAUCUCCUUCGAUGGAUCUGGCUCCCCCGGUCUUGAUCGUGCGACUCUUCAGAUCCCUGAAGUCACAUCUUACUCUCCUCAGAGAGGCGGCGAAGGCACCAAGGUCUUCGUACAGAUACAAUCACCAUAUGACCUCCACAACCGGCUUUGUGCCACCUACGUGAUAUUUGGCUCGAAGAAAUGUGAAUGUUUACCGCACUUCCUGGGCUUCUCGAAUUCCGUUUUUCAGUAUGCCCUCUCAGUUGAUGCACCUGCAUUCGCACUUUCAGGGAGCCCAUCAGCUGCGGUUCCACUGCAGGUAGUGAUCGAGAACCAGCCAGGAUACAGCCCUUUGACGCUUCAGGUGGGCGUUUAUACUUACGAAACGGUCGAUCAUGAUUCCCCUUCAGAUGAUUCACGGAAAAGGAGAGUCUCAAUUUCUGACAAUGCCGCUCCGAGACCAACCAAGAGACCUUCUGCUCAACAACUGCGGAUCAAAGAAGAUGCUGAUGCAUAUUCGUAUAAUGACAGUGCUUCGUCUCCGUCAUAUUCCUCCUUUUUACAGACUCCGACAACAAUGAGUGUCUUCCCGGCCCCGUAUCGGACAGCGUCUUCCCCGAAAGCUUCAUUUAUCCAUCAUUCACGAGGCUCUAGUGCGCCACAACCGGCAAUCCAUACGCCGUCGCCUUUGACCUCUUCUUGGAGCCCUUCAUUCGGCAUGGUCAGUCAUGUCUCGCGCAGUCCUCAUCUAGCGGCAGCCUCGGCCCCGAGCCAGAAGACAAUGCUCUCUCCUGCCCGACCUCAAAACCCUACACUCAUUAGGACAUCGACUAUACAGCAGGGAAGUGGCUCUGUUGGACCACCGGCAUUCAACCCCUACGCCAUGUACCCCUCCAAAGCUGUCCUAAAACUGAACGGCGAUCUGGACUCAAUGGCUGAGAAUUGGACCGGUGAAGAGAAGGAGGCCAGGCGGCGCCUUGUCCAGUUCACUCGGGUGCAGAGCGGCAGUACCAUCCAGGCGGACUUUCAGCCCGUUUCACCAGAGGACAGAACCCCAAACAGCAUAUGCAUCAGCUGCAUAUACUGGGACGGCAAGAAGGAAUGUUUCGUGACCAGUGUGGACACCAUCUAUUUGCUUGAAUCUCUGGUUGGAGUGCGAUUUACUGUCGAGGAAAAGAAUCGAAUCCGCAGGAAUCUGGAAGGAUUCCGGCCUCUCACCGUCUCGAAGGCUAAGCCAGACAGCGAGGACUUUUUCAAGGUCAUCAUGGGAUUCCCGGCACCUAAACCUCGCAACAUCGAGAAGGAUGUGAAAGUCUUCCCCUGGAAGAUCCUGUCGCAUGCACUUAAGAAGAUCAUUGGGAAAUACGUGAGUUCCUCUUUGAAACCACCUUCUGCCACCUUCCACGUUGUAAUGAUGUCUGACCUCGGUCUCUGCGCACAGUCUGCCAGCUACUCUUCGACAGCCGGAGCGCUUCCCACCCCGAUAUGUUCAUCCUACCCCGGCAACAGCUCAGCUUCAGAUUCUAGAACGGAUGUUCAGCAUGCGGGCUCGCCUCAGUCCGUCUCGGACUCGGUCACCUCUAGCACAUACUCCACCGGCAUGACCUCAGCAGUCUUCUCGCCGCACAUACACCAGGCAAAGCCCUCAUUAUCUGCUCCCGAUCUACGUGUCACGAUGUCACCGAGCAGUCAUCCGUACGCCGCUAUGUCUGCCUCAUAUACAUAUCAGCAUGGUCACGGGAUGCCACUGGCUCCCAUGAAUCGCACAUCUUGGGAUUUCCCGGGCGCUAUCGGUCCAGGUCCUGCCGCUGCCAAUGUCUCGAACACGGAGCUCUACACCUAUAUCACACCCCCUUCAUACCCGAUGGCACACUCCGCUCCUGGGGCAUAA